UACGACUUUGACAACACUGGACGUCGUUUGACGUCAUAGGUCACCGGAGUCAUACCAAAUGACAUACCCAGCGGAAAGUGCCACAUACGUCACGAACGAUUUUACUCCAAAACUACUUCAGAAAUACGUGGCUUCGAGGAGGAUUUGCGUUCAGGGAUAGUUAUAAAUGAGAAUUGAUUUGGUUUGGUUUUGUAGAGAGCGUCAAUGUUGUUUGGAGCGCGCUGAGGCGGAUGAGAGCCACAGACUACAGGAUCGAAACAAGUUGGUCUUGGCUAAUUUACAGAUCGUAUCCCGACGGACAGUCAGAGAAAUUACCGUCGGAUUACCGACUCAGGGAGCUCUAGUUUUGAACACCACUAACCAUUAGCGUAUUAAAUACAUUUUGAUGGUCAUCRAAAGACAAGAACAAGCAAUAUGUGGAAAAGAGGACAAUACAUUUUAUGUUGUGUUUCAUGGAUCAUCGUGGUGGAAAUUCGAGCGGCUAGUUUGAGGAACCGCAAGAGCGCUUUUGAAAAAAUUGAGCUGGUCAAUUCUCGAUAUGAUGUAUAUAAUGAUUCAGGUAGAUUUUAUCAAAUUGACAUGAAGAUACCCUGGAAGCGACAUCCCAUCAGUAACCAGGACAACAACUCACUUGGUGCUGCUAUUCGAGGAGACGAAAAUAAUCUAUGGAAGAAUGGAAUAAUCCCUUAUAAACUUGCUUACAGUAUUAGAAAAACAACCCAAACGCACAAGAUUUUGAUGGGUGCGAUGAGAGAAUGGGAGAGAAAAACUUGCAUCAAGUUCGUAGAAAGAGUAAACCAGCUUGAUUAUGUGGAAUUCUACUACGGCGAUGGGUGUAAUUCAGAUGUUGGACGAGUUGGUGGCAGGCAGACCACAUCCCUGGGGCGUGGCUGUGCCCAUCAUGGCAUCAUCGUACAUGAACUGGGUCACGUGAUUGGUUUCUGGCACGAGCAGAAUAGACCUGAUAGAGACAAGCACGUGGAGGUCUUGUGGGACAAUAUUAUACCAAAAUUCCAGUUCGCUUUCUCUAAGUACAGUAGUCGAAAAAUAAACAGUUUAAAUGUCCGUUAUGAUUACUACUCUGUCAUGCAUUAUGGAUCCAAAGCUUUCAGCAAGAAUCACAAGCCAACUAUUAGGUCUCUAAAACAGGAUAUCACAGAGUUUGGAAACACCCAUAUCAGUUCACUUGAUGCUAAACAGACUAAUUUACUCUACAACUGUCCAGAUUACCCAAAAUUUCCGUCUGACUUUUUCUGGAAGAACGAUGGCCCUGGGGAUCGUGACUCGUCGUGCGUCAACUUCAACGAACCUCAGGACCCUCACAACUGGCAUAACAACUACCUCUGCUUCAGGAAUGAUCUUAAGGCCUUGAACAUCAGAUGGUCACACACUGGACCCCUCUUAGACAUGAACUGUAUCAAGAUUGAAGUACCUACAAAAAACCACAAAUAUUCAUGGGAUGAUAACUAUCUGUGUUGGCCUCGGGAUGGGGUCUAUACGUUCUCGUGGAUGACUCGGCCGCCUUCUCUUACUGAGAUAGCCAACUGUUUGAAUAUUACUGAACCUAACGACCCCGAAUGGAGCAGCAAUCAGUACUUUUUGUGCGGAAGUCGAGACGAAUCACCUGUUGAUGGGCAGUGGACAGAGUGGGCACCUUGGUCCCAGUGCAGUCGCCAAUGUGGAGGUGGAAUACGGAGAAGAACACGAUCAUGCACCAGUCCACCACCGUCCUUCGGAGGCAGGUUCUGUACUGGACAGUCCCUUGAGACAGGAAGGUGUAAUUUACGACAAUGUGAAGACUGGCCAGCCUUUCCGUCAGAUUUCAGCUUUGGUCGUUUCAAGUUUCCCCCACCAAACGAACUGUGCAUCAGAACCUACGAGCGCUUGGAUUACUUAACCUGGAACAACUACCUAUUCUGCACUCCAAACAAUAAGCGAGACUUGCAGUUCCAGUGGUCUGACAAGGGGAGAAUACCAGACCAAAUCUGCACGCGCAUUUACGUCCGCAAUGAAGUUACAAAGCGCAAAGGAACUUGGGAUGAUAAUUAUUUAUGUAUGACUAAGAAUGACGCGCCUUAUAGGUUUCGUUUCUCGUUUUCUGGCCCCAUAGCUGGUCUAGACUGCAUGCAGUGGUAUGCUAAGGGAGGACGGGAUGGAUGGGACAAGACGUACCUCUGCGCUGAACGAACCUAUGGCGUUGGAGGUCCCGGACCCUCAAUUCCCGUAGCACGUCCCGUACACGGUCGUUGGUCAUUAUGGUCAACAUGGUCCUCUUGCAGCCAAACUUGUGGCGGUGGGGUUCAAAGAAGAAGCCGCUUCUGUAAUAACCCAAGACCUCUGAAUGGAGGACGUAAUUGUCUGGGAAGAAAUGUGGAUGAAAGGGCAUGUAACGUUGAAAGGUGUCCAAUGGCAUGUGGUGGCAGACGGGUCGCAGAUGGUGGACGAAUCACUUCGCCUGAUUACCCAAGUAAUUACCCUGACAACAGCGUCUGUGAAUGGGUUAUCGAAGUACCCCAAGGCAAUAUCAUCUCAUUACGUUUUAUCUACUUAGAUAUUGAAGGUCCAGCAUGUCGCUACGAUUACGUCAUCAUUCGUGACGGCCACACAGAAAAGUAUCCUCUUCUGGGGAAGUUUUGUGGAACAAGGUUACCAACAACCUUACAAUCAAGUGGUAACGAAUUAUGGAUAAAAUUUAAGAGUGACGAUCGAACCAAUCAUAAAGGAUUUGAUAUCACGUGGAUAGCGAAGCCAGAUCCAAUCACCUUGGCAGCACGGGUUCCCAGAUGCGGUGGAAUGGUAAACAAGGGUCAUGGAUCUCUGUCAAGCCAAGAUCUCUCUGCCGCGUAUCAAGACGGCGUGGACUGUACAUGGGUUAUCCAAGGUGACCAGGGUAAACAACUACAUGUCUGGCUGGAUCAGUUUGAUAUUCACAGCAAUUGUAGACUAGAUUAUGUUAAAAUUAAAGAUGGACAGGGAGAAAACUCGCCAUCGCUGGGCAUGUACUGUGGUAACAAGCCGCCAGCUCCAUUCAAAAGUAACUCAAACGUCAUCAGGAUCAAACUACACAUCACUUCUAAAAGACAACAGCAACCAAGGUUCCGAGUAAGAUGGCGCAGCGUUGACAAAAUCCACUUUCAACCUACUACGCCUCCAGCGAGAAAUAAUUGCCCGGAUGGCUGGUUAUCCCAUCCUUUUGGAUCCAAUAGAAUCUAUUGUUAUCUCGUCAAGAGGAACUACCACACGUGGUUCGAAGCAAGAAGAGACUGUAUUCAAUCCAACGCGGAUCUUUUAAGCGUCAUGAGCAAAGAAGAAGAAAACUUCAUCAUUAAGGACUUGAAUAAGAAGUUUAAUCUCGGAGAAUCAUUCAUGUGGAUUGGUCUUAAUGACCAUAACAGAGAAGGCCAAUGGGCUUGGAGCGAUAGGACACAAAACUCGUACCAUAACUGGGCUCCAGGCGACCCUAACGACGGUGGUUACUUGAAGAACGAAGAUUGUGGAGUCUUGAAGCCCGACGGUCAAUGGAACGACUACCCGUGUAAUUCAAGGUUCCGAUACAUCUGCAAGGCGAGAUCACCGUGAAGGAAAGUACUGUACAAAUAAGCCAGAAGAAGAUGAAAGUCAAGAAAUUAAACUAUUCAGUGAAAUAUUAAUUAUUUACUGCAGCGAGAAAACAACAGAAAAAUAUAUCUGGUUCUCUGUAACCAAAUAUUAUAAGAAAACAUAAGGUUUAUAUAUUUUUGACUAGAGAUCAGUGGAUAUGAAGAAAGAAUUAAAUUUAUGCAUUGUAGUUCCAUGCCAUGGCAGCCAUCUUGAAAGGUAACCACGCUUUUACUCCAAGGCUUGGUUACCAAAACUAUUACAAUUCACAAUUCUGCAACAACAAGUAUCAGCGGAAUUUCACCACUUCUCAGUAUAUACACUUGUACACUUGAAGUAUGCUUUGGUAAGACGUAUUUUAUUCUAUAUUUUUCUUGAUAACCAAGCUCUGCUUUUGCCUGUAAUUCGAGGUAUGAUUCAAGAUGGCUGCCUCGUACACCAAGUUGAUUACAAACGUCCGCCAUCUUGGAUAUUUUUUUAGAUAUUUUAUCAGCCGAUGCACAUGCUACCUUAAACUUCCGAGCAGCCGAACAAAUUUCCUUUCAUCAUAUUCAGCUCAAAUUAGCUUUAUUGUAGAUAUUAUAGAUGACUAUCAGUGAAUAAUUUGAUAGAAAAUGUAUUGUUUUAAUUUAUCAUGUUUAAAAUAGCCAACCCAUGGGUUUUUA